UUUCUUCUCGGCCUCGGAGAGCGAGUUCCGCCGGAACGGUUCCGGCGGUGCACCAGGGCGGGCCGGCAAAAUGGCGGCGCCCAGCGCCCGCUGCCUGUGGCGAGCGCUGGCCCCGCGGUGUGGGUGGGGCCUCCCCGGGCCCGAGCAGCGCCUCGCCGUCCCCGCCGUGGUGAACCCUGCCAGCGCCCGGCCCUACGCGGCCGCAGCCAAAGCUGCCAGGAAGGAGGGCAGGAGGAGCAGGCAGGAGAAGAAGGAGCAGCCCCCCCCUCGGCGGCGCCCCCUGAUGAGCAAGCCCGUGGAUGAUGUGUACCUGACCUGGCUCUACAGGAGACCCUGCUACCAGCUGGAGCAGGCCCUGGCCAUGCUCAAGAGCUUCCAGGAGCUGGACUUCACCCACCCCAGGCAGUUUGUGUACAUCAAUGUCUUCCUGGAUAUGGCCCUGCAGAAGAAGAAAAAAGUGGAUCCCUUUUCCAGCAGUGUGACUCUUCCCCAUCGCUUUACAGAUGAAGUGAACAAGGUUUUGGUGUUCACAGAGAAUGAGCAAGAAGCUGAAGUGGCUCGAGAGCACGGAGCUGCCAUCGUGGGAGGAGUUGAGUUGAUCAAAUGGAUCUUGGAGGAUGAAAUCCAAGCUGAUUUCUACGUGGCUGUCCCUGCCAUCAUGCCCAAGCUAAUUCCCCUGAGGAACAAACUGAGGAGGAAGUACCCCACCACCAGGAGAAAUUCCCUGGGCACUGACAUUCCCAAAAUGCUGCAGUUCUUCAGAGAAUGUCACGAGUAUGCAGUACAGGAUGAGAAUAUAAUCAAGACAAGAAUAGCCAGACUGGAUAUGCCCACUGAGCACAUAAUUGCCAAUCUGAAAACAAUUAUCCAUGAUAUCUGCACCUUCAAGCCAUCCAAUCUUGAUCCCAUUGUGAGGAGGUUGGUUAUCAGGUCUUCCACCAGUGAAGGUUUGCUGCUGGACCUCGAUGGAAUCCUACCUCAGGUGGAGAAGGCAGAAGAAAAAGAAGAGGAAAAUGCAGCUGAUGAGGAUCAACAAAAACCUGUCCAGGAAUCUGUUAGUACCUGAUGUCUUUUCCUGGGAGAUCUGGUGGUCAAGCUCGGGAAGCAAAUGGUGUCAUUCAAAUCAUGCUGGGAGAUUGAAAAAUAAAUGUCAUUGUGGA